UGAGCCUGAAGACACCUCCUCUACCAACCAAUCCUGAGCUCUGGGGACCGAGUUGCCUGUGGUUUGCUUACGGAAAGAGCACAGUGCAAACUCAAACAUCUUCCUCAAAAGCUUCGUAGUAGCUGGUGGACCAUGGAGCUUCUUGUGAAUGUCAGACAAUGGAUAGAAGAAAACAGGGCAGCCUUUUUACCACCUGUGUGCAACAAGCUUAUGCAUCGAUAUCAAAUGAAUGUGAUGUUUGUUGGAGGGCCUAACGAAAGAAAGGAUUAUCAUAUUGAAGAAGGAGAAGAGCUUUUUUACCAAGUGAAAGGAGACAUGUGCUUGAAGAUAAUCGAAAAUAAGAAGCAUAAAGACAUUGUCAUCAGAGAAGGGGAGAUGUUUCUCCUACCUGCUCGAAUACCUCAUUCUCCUCAAAGAUAUGCAGACACUGUAGGUCUUGUAAUUGAGAGGCAAAGACAAAAGACAGAAAUGGAUGGGCUCAGAUACUAUGUGGGAACAUCAACUAAUGUGCUCUUUGAAAGAUGGUUUCACUGUGAAGAUCUUGGCACUCAACUUGCACCAAUAAUUCAAGAAUUUUUCAAUUCCAAGCAAUAUAAAACCGGAAAACCAAAUCCAGAAUUCUUGAUCUGUGGAGAAGAUGCAUCCUGUGAUGCUGAGCAGGAUUCUUAUGAUGAGCUCCUGAAAGAAACACCCUUCCCACUAAAUUGCUCUUCUGUAAUGGAGCCAUUCUCCUUCCAAGGCUGGUUGAAUGAUCAUCGGGGAGAAAUAAAUCAGAAGCAAUCCUUGAGAAUGUUUGGAGAUACCUUUGAAACGGAGGUUAUAGCUUAUGGACCAGGAACAACUGAAAAAUGCAAAAAGAAUUCAGAUAUCUGGAUAUGGCAGCUGGAGGGUGCAUCUACCUUUACUGUGGAUGGCAAAACUCUGACUCUAACUGCUGGUGAUAGCCUUCUUGUCCGUGCCCAAAGUUUGUACUGCUGGAAGAGAUCUGAGGAAUGUGUUGCUCUUUAUAUUGCUCAGGAUCCAAAACGCAAGCAGCCUUAUAACUAGUUUAUGUAGCACUUGACUUUGAUGAUAAAGAAGUUUUAACCUAUUUGUCUCAUCUUAAUCAUCUUUUAGUCAGAAUGCCUGGAAAUACGAACAAUCUAACACAAUGGUUACACUGGAAUUAAGUGUAAUCAAGUGCUAUGCCUUAUAAUAACUUCUUUUUCCCCAAGUAGGUAAAAAUUCAGUAAAAUCUUCAACCAGUAAUUAUGUUAAAAACCAAACAAAGCCAUACUUCUUACAUGAAAGCAACUGAAAACAGAUCCAAGUAAUGGGAUUAGAUAUACAGUAAUAUAAAUGAUACUAUCUAGAAUAAAUUAAAAGUUUUCAAAUGCAA